AUGGGCUUGGUGUCUUCUUCCCGUACCAGUACUGUUUCCCUUCUUCUUCUGGGUUUUCUCUUGGUGGCUGUUUCUGCCGCCGGCGAUGUGGAAGAGCAGGAAGCAGACCUGGUGAAGAGGCUGCCGGGGCAGCCGGAAGUGAGCUUCAAGCAGUACGCCGGCUACGUGACGGUGGACGAAAGCCACGGGAGAGCGCUGUUCUAUUGGUUCUUUGAAGCCACCGAAAACCCUCAGGACAAGCCCCUCCUCCUCUGGCUCAAUGGAGGUCCAGGUUGCUCUUCGAUAGGUUAUGGUGAAGCAGAAGAGUUGGGACCUUUCUUCCCCAAGAGAGGCAAACCAGAGCUCACCUUCAACCGUCACUCUUGGAACAAAGCUGCCAACAUGUUGUUCCUUGAAUCCCCAAUUGGAGUCGGAUUUUCCUACACCAACACUUCGCAAGACUUCACUCAACUCGGCGACGCAAUGGCUGCUACCGACGCCCACAAAUUCCUCCUCAACUGGUUCAAGAGAUUCCCUCAGUUCCGCUCUCACGACUUCUUCAUCGCCGGCGAAAGCUACGCCGGACACUACGUCCCGCAGCUGGCGGAGGCGGUAUUCGACGGCAACAAGAACGCCUCCAAGGACGACCACAUCAACUUCAAGGGUUUCAUCAUAGGGAACGCUCUGAUGGACGACGCGACGGACCAGAAGGGGAUGGUGGACUACGCGUGGGACCACGCCGUCAUCUCCGACCAAGUCUACGACAAGAUCAAGCAUGCAUGCAACUUCGACGUCGAGGGAACGACGUCGGCGUGCGACGACGCGCUCGAGCUUUACUUCAACGUCUACAACCUCAUCGACAUGUACAGCCUGUUCGCUCCCCGGUGCUUCAACGGCACCACCUUCGCCGCCGCCGCCGCCACGAAACGUCCUCUCGCUCGCGGCCCUCGUUCCUUGUCCAAAUUCCCCGCCACGUGGCACAAGGAGCCGGCCGCGGGGUACGACCCGUGCAUCUCGACGGUCACCGAGGCGUACUUUAACAGAAAAGACGUGCAGGAAGCCCUCCAUGCUAACGUGAGCGGGAGGAUCCCCUACCCGUGGACCCACUGCAGCGACACCAUCCAGUCUUGGCACGAUGCUCCACACUCCGUUCUCCCGGUGAUCAAGAAGCUCGUCGCCGGCGGCGUCAGGGUCUGGGUCUACAGUGGGGAUACCGACGGGAGGAUUCCGGUGACGUCUACACGGUUGACGCUGAACAAGCUUGGCCUGAACACUACGAAAGAGUGGGCUCCGUGGUACUUCCGGCGGCAGGUCGGAGGAUGGACGAUUGAGUACGACGGGCUGACGUUCGUGACGAUAAGAGGAGCCGGUCACCAGGUUCCUACUUUCAAGCCGAUGCAGGCGCUGGUGCUGAUCAAGCGUUUCUUGGGAGACAAGAAAAUGCCAGCUUUCCCUUGGCGUUCUACCUAAAAAUGCUAUAUAGUACACAUUCGUACAUUUGUUUGUUGGGG